UCAUGCCCUUUGGACUAACCAACGCGCCAGCGACCUUUCAGCGUUGUAUGAAUGACCUGUUUAGGUCGUGGUUAGAUAGAUCUGUAGUAGUGUACUUAGAUGAUAUUCAAGUAUUCAGCAAGACCCUCCAAGAGCAUCAGGGUCAUCUGAGGCAGGUCUUGGAGAAGCUGAGAGAAGCUAACUUCAAGAUCAACCCGAAGAAGUGCGAAUGGGCAAAGACCCAAGUUUUGUAUCUAGGCCACGUCUUAGACGGAGACGACAUCAAGCCAGAAGAUAGCAAGAUCGCAGCGAUUCGAGAUUGGUCUAUGGCCCGCACAUUAACAGAGUUGCGGUCGUUCCUAGGCCUAGCGAACGACUAUAGGAAGUUUGUGAGAAACUUCUCCACCAUCGUUGCACCCCUUCGCAAAUUGCUGAAGAAAGAAACAAUCUGGAAGUGGGAUAAGGACCGCACAUCUGCUUUGAAAAAGUUAAAGCAGGCGUUGAUAGAGUACCCAGUCCUGAAGGUCACCGAUCCGUCCUUACCUUUUGUCGUUACCACUGACGCGAGCCAGUACGGUAUAGGUGUUGUGUUACAGCAAGACGAUGGCAAUGGAUAUAGACCCGUAGAGUUCAUGUUUGCUAGGAUGCCUUCAGAGAAGGUAGCGACAUCCACCUACGAGAGGGAACUCUACGCUCUCAGGCAAGCACUAGAACACUGGAAGCACUACUUGCUUGGGAGGCACUUCAAAGUCUAUUCAGACCACGAGACGUUAAGGUGGCUGAAGACGCAGGCCAAGAUGACACCUAAGUUGACCAGGUGGGCCGCCGAGAUAGACCAGUACGACUUUGAGCUCAAGCCAGUUAAGGGCAAGUACAAUGUAGUUGCGGAUGCUCUAAGUAGGAGGUCAGACUACUUUGGGGCGAUAGUCCAUUAUCUGGAUAGGGAAGGACCUGCAACAGAAAGUUAGAGGCAUAUGUGCAGGAUCCUAUCUAUAGCGUCCUUCUUAAGAGAGUAAAGGAGCCCCCAAAGA